AUGGUUCGCAUGAUCAGUGAUAUGGAUGAGUGGAAUGCUCUUAUGGAGAUUUCCAAGAGCAAGGCAGUCAUUGUUGACUUUACUGCCACUUGGUGUCCACCAUGUAAGAUGAUCGCCCCAAUUUUCGCCAAAAUGGCCGAAGAAAAUCCUGAAGUUGAAUUCGUCAAGGUUGAUGUCGACGAGGCCAACGAUGUUGCUGGUAUGUGUGGAAUUUCUGCCAUGCCUACCUUCCAAGUCUACAAGGGAGGAGCCAAGGUGGAGGAAUUGCGAGGUGCUGAUCCAAAGGGACUCAGUGCUAUGGUUGCCAAGAACAAGUAA